UUGUGUGGCAGGUUGGUUCUCUGUCCUCGACGCUCUCAUGUGGGAAACAGGACACAAAAGGGGCAUUAGAACCCUCUUUACAACUGAGGAACUUAAAUGGUGAGUUUAAAUUGAAGCUGGUGAGGCUGAACGUCUUUUGGACUAAAGUGUGAAACAGAGAAGAGUUUGAGUUUGAGUUUGGCUCUGACACGUCUGCUCAGGCUGCUGAAAGUGAAAGUGAAGCUGCAGAAAGAGCUUCAAGAGAAAAGAGACUUUAUUGUAGAGACAAAAUGGCUUCUAAACUGGAGGAUGAUCUCACGUGUCCUGUGUGCUGUGAAAUCUACAAGGAUCCUGUCUUUCUGACCUGCUCUCACAGUGUGUGUAAAGCCUGUCUGCAGCAGUUCUGGGAGAGCAAAGGACACAGAGAAUGUCCCUACUGCAGGAGGAAAUGCUCAAAACAAUUCUAUCCACCUAACUUGGCAUUAAGGAACUUGUGUGAGACCUUUGUACAGGAGAAAAGUCAGAAGGCUUCAGCAGGGUCUGAGGUGCUCUGCAGUCUGCACAGUGAGAAACUCAAGCUCUUCUGUCUGGAGGAUAAACAGCCUGUGUGUCUCGUGUGUCAGACUUCAAAGAAACAUAAGAAUCACACCUUCAGUCCCACAGACGAAGCAGCACAGGACCGUAAGGAGGAGCUCAAGAUCAAACUGCAGCCCUUACAGACAAAACUGAAGACCUUUGAAAAAGUUAAAGUCAUGUGUGACCAAACAGCAGCACAAAUUAAGACACAAGCCCAACGCACAGAGAGGCAGAUCAAACAGGAGUUUGAAAAACUUCACCAGUUUCUACAUAAUGAAGAGACAGCCAGGAUAGCUGCAGUGAAGAAGGAAGAGAAGCAGAAGAGUCAGAUGAUGAAGGAGAAGAUUGAGAAGAUGAGCAGAGACAUCUCAUCUCUUUCAGACACCAUCAGAGCCAUAGAGAAGGAGAUGGGAGCUGAUGACAUCACAUUCCUGCAGGUCACUCUGGAUAAGAGUGCAGCUAAAUGA